CGCCUCUCCCCUUUGCAUCACCAGCCUCAUCCUCACUGCCAGCUGCGAGGAUGUCUGGGCGUUGCAGGAGCUCCAAGCUGGCGCUGCGCGCAGCCCGGACCUGGGUCCUGCGGAGCUGUCCGCGCUCCUCCGCCGCUGCGCCGGCUCGGGAGCCGCCUCCGCCCGGGGAUGCCGCGCCGGCGUCUCCGUCCCCAGCGCUGGCAGCCGCGGCUGCUGCUCCGUCCCUUGCCGGCGCCGAGCCCCGCAGCCGCCCGCCGCCGCAGCCGGCCCCGGCGGCGGUGGACUUCGCGGACGCGCAGGAGGCCUUCCGCAGCAAGAGCAGCGCGGAGCUGGCGCGGGGGCUGCUGGUGCUGCGGCUCUGCUCUCUGGGGCCGCUGGUGGCGCACGCCGAGCAGCUAAUGAGCGUCAGCCGCAAGCUGCUUGGCCAGUGGCUCUUUGAGAAACUGAUGAAGAUGACCUUCUAUGGCCAGUUUGUGGCUGGGGAGGACCAAGAGGCCAUCAAGCCCCUCGUCCGGCGUCACCGUGCCUGCGGCGUGGGCUCUGUGCUGGACUACAGCGUGGAAGAAGACCUGACCACCGAGGAAGCGGAGAAGAAGGAACUGGACUCCUGUACAUCUGCAUUUGAGAAGGAGACAGGCAAGCAAAGAGAGAAACGCUACAGCGCUCACCGUCGGUUCGGAGACCGGCGGGACAGGGUCAUCAGCGCCCGGACCUACUUCUAUGCAGAUGAAGCCAAAUGUGACCGGCACAUGGACACCUUCCUGAAAUGUAUCGAAGCCUCAGGUGGCAGUUCCCAGGAUGGCUUCUCUGCCAUUAAACUGACAGCGCUGGGGAGGCCACAGUUCUUGCUGCUGUUCUCGGAGGUGCUGGUCAAGUGGCGUCGGUUCUUCCAUCUCCUGGCUGCGGAGCAGGGCAAGGUGGGGCUGGCGGCCCUGGAGACCAAGCUGGAGGUGGAGAAGUUGCAGGAGGCCCUGGCCAAGUUGGGGAUCGCCACCAAAGCAGAGAGCCAGCACUGGUUCACGGGCGAGAAGCUGGGCGUGUCUGGAACCGUGGACCUCCUGGACUGGAACAGCUUGAUUGACACCCGGACUGAGAUCUCCAAAUUGCUCCUCAUCCCCAACAUGGAGACGGGGCAGCUGGAGCCACUGCUGUCUCGCUUCACCAGGGAAGAAGAGAUGCAGAUGAAGAGAAUGCUGCAGCGGAUGGAUGUCCUGGCCAAGAAAGCCGUAAAGACGGGCGUGCGGUUGAUGGUGGACGCAGAGCAGACCUACUUCCAGCCGGCCAUCAGCCGCCUCACUCUGGAGAUGCAGCGGAAAUUCAACCAGGAGAAAGCAGCCGUCUUCAACACCUACCAGUGCUACUUAAAGGAUGCUUACGACAAUGUGACCGUGGACGUGGAGCUCUCCCGCCGGGAAGGCUGGCAUUUUGGAGCCAAGCUGGUGAGAGGGGCCUACAUGGAGCAGGAGCGCAUCCGGGCGGCCGAAGUGGGCUACGAGGACCCCAUCAACGCCACCUACCAAGAGACCAGCGACAUGUACCACAGAUGCCUGGACUACAUCCUCGAAGAAAUCCGCUACAACUGGAAGGCCAACGUGAUGGUGGCUUCUCACAAUGAAAACACAGUCAAGUUCACCAUUCGCAGGAUGUCCGAGCUUGGGAUCCACCCCUCGGAGAAAAAGAUCUACUUUGGACAGCUCUUGGGAAUGUGUGACCAGAUCACCUUCCCCCUAGGUCAGGCUGGGUUCCCAGUAUACAAAUAUGUCCCCUACGGGCCUGUGAAUGAAGUGCUUCCGUACCUGUCCAGGAGAGCCCAGGAGAAUCAAGGCUUCAUGCAGAGGGCAAAGGAGGAGCAAGAUCUUCUCUGGAUGGAACUCAAGAGGCGGCUUCUCUCCGGCACCCUUCUCUCAAGUCCCAGCCUGUCGUAACCCCAUUCUCCAAUGUCCCAGCUGAAUUAAGGGAACGGCAAACGUCGAAAUGCCUCUGGGCUCCCAAAUGCCAACGUCGAAAUGCCUCUGGGCUCCCAAAUGCCAACGUCGAAAUGCCUCUGGGCUCCCAAAUGCCAACGUCGAAAUGCCUCUGGGCUCCCAAAUGCCAACGUCGAAAUGCCUCUGGGCUCCCAAAUGCCAACGUCGAAAUGCCUCUGGGCUCCCAAAUGCCAACGUCGAAAUGCCUCUGGGCUCCCAAAUGCCAACGUCGAAAUGCCUCUGGGCUCCCAAAUGCCAACGUCGAAAUGCCUCUGGGCUCCCAAAUGCCAAGGCUCCCCCAGCUUGUCAAUGGCUAUUGAUAGCAUCCAGAUCUUGGUGCCUUCCGUGCUGUGGCUCGUAUAUACACAAGCUGUAAACGUCUUCCUUCUGCUCCGGCAUGGAGCCUGCCCAUUUCUCCCUCCUGCUGUUUAGCUUGUGAGGUUUUUACACCAAGCCGUUUGUGCAUUUAGGGACAAUCUCCUUCCAAGGGCCCCUCACGGCUCUCAGGUUUCCUGUCAGUGAUGGUGUCCAGUGUGGAGACAGCAGAGUUCCAAAUAAAGAGAUUACAGAAAUAGCAAUGUGGUGUUGCAUGUCUGCGGAAGGGGCAAUAGUUUUAUGGUGGAAGGGCUUGGUCCCCAGUGGAGUGUGAGUCAGGGUUUGUCUUGGGAGCUGGUGCCGUGUGGAUUAGUUCAAAGCAUGUGUAGUUAUGGGAAGGGGUACCUGUCGGACCACAUUCGCCCAUAGGAACCUGCCAGGGCCCUCCGUUCAUCGUCUCAGGCCCUGCUCGUGGCCUUACCACUAACAGAGAUCCGGUUGGUGAGGGCUAGAGACAGAGCCUUUUCACUUGUGGCCCCACGGCUUUGGAACGCCCUCCCUGGAGCUUCGCCAUGCUCCCUCGGUGUUUUAAAAAAAUGGAAAACUCACCUUUUAAAAGAGGCUUUUCAAUGUUUCAUCUCUGUUUAUUAGUUUUUAUUCUUCGUUUUUAGCUUUUAAAAUAACAUCGUUUUGGGGUGGGAUGUGAUUUUUAAAUGUGAUUUUAGCCUGGUUUUUAACUUAAAUGUGGUUAACUUUAUUAACCUUAUUUUACACUGUAUCUUUUUAUUAAUGUUGUGAGCCGCCCCGAGCAGUAGUGUACCGGAGGGGCUGGGUAUAAAUAUUUUAAAUAAAUAAGAUGGCAGCUGGGUACUGGCCCAGAUCCUUAUGCUGUGCAUGAGGCGUUCUGAACACAUCAUUGCUCGAUAUGAUCUGUGCUUCUGGCAGAAGCACGAUGAGAGCUAUUCUCUUGAUUAGUUGAAUUUCUCCUCGCUUGGAAAAUUGCAUAGCAUUAUUGAAUGAAACUGAAAUGAUGGCUUUUUGCCCCUAGAGGGCAGAAGAGAUGCAGGCAAGCCAGCGUUGAAAGCCUUUCUCAAUCAGCUCAGCCAAGCGCCUUCAAGUCUGUAAUUCCUCUUCUUUGGGGUUUUUAGGGAAAUUAUCCCACAGGGAAUCGGAAGUCUAGGGGUGUUCAUUUGUUGCCCACUGACCCCAGGAGGCAAGGCAAUCCACAAGUUAUCGAGACAAGAACUUUAUUCUCACCAGGUUUGAGCAGUUUACAAUGUGGCAGUCUUGUGACCACAUAGGAUUAAUCCGAGAGCUCAAGAUGCCAAUAGUCAAUGAGUCAAACACACAAGCUAACUCAAAUAUCAGAAAGAGGGGAAAGGAGCAGCUGCCUUCACCUUAUUUUUGUACCCCAUCUUGGCAAUGGCGGAUUACCACAUAGGCAAUAUAGGCACCUGCCUAUGGUGGCAAAUCCUGGGGGGCGGCAUCUUAGAGGACAACUUAAUUCUGUUUCUUAAAACCUUUUUAAAAUGUCACUGUGUAGUGGCGGAGAUUCUGCCUGCCUCCUAAACCAUCACAGGAGUGGAGGUGAGGUCGGGUACUGGAGGAUGGCGGCGAAAGUGGUCUUCACUCAAGCUCAGCUUAUUCGCAAAUGAGGCAGAGUGAGCAAUUUCGCCCUUUUGUCUCUGGGGCGGCAAAUAUUUUGCUGCCUAUAGAUGGCAAAAGAUUAAUCCGCCCCUGCAUCUUCACGUCGGCUGUGUCCGUUUCUUGAGGUGAGUGACCUCAGGACAGUGGUACAUCUGCUGGUCACUUCCAGGCUGGAUUACUGCAAUGCGUUCUAUGUGGGGCUGCCCUUGUAUGUAGUCCGGAAAUUACAGUUGGUCCAGAAUGCAGCAGCCAGGUUGGUCUCUGGGUCAUCUCGGAGAGACCAUAUUAUUCCCGUAUUGAACGAGCUACACUGGCUGCCGAUAUGUUUCCAGGCAAAAUACAAGGUGUUGGUCAUAACCUAUAAAGCCCUAAACAGCUUGGGCCCUGGGUAUUGAAGAGAACAUCGUCUUCGUCAUGAACCCCACCGCCCACUGAGAUCAUCAGGAGAGGUCCGUCUGCAUUUGCCACUGACUCGUCUGGUGGCCACUCAGGGACGGGCCUUCUCCGUUGCUGCCCCGAGGCUUUGGAAUGCGCUCCCUAGUGAAAUAAGAGCCUCCCCAUCUCUGACAGCUUUUUAAAAGUCUUUAAAGACGCAUCUGUUCACCCAGACUUUUAAUUAAUAUUGUUUUAAUGGUUUUAAUGCUGUUUUAAAAUAUUCUUUUAAAGAACUUUAAAUUGUUGUAAUGUCUUAAACUUUUCAUUUUUGUUUUAACUAAUGUUUUAUUUUGUUUUUAUUUUGUUGUAAACUGCCCAGAGGCGUAAGUUUGGGGCGAUAUAAAAAUGUGUAAGUAAAUAAAUAAAAAUAAAUCUUGGGGAACCUUUCAUCUAA